AUGCCACAUUUAUUGGAUAGUAUUGUUACUGAUCCGGACAUUGAUCUAUUACCCGACUUUGACCCACACGAUUCCGACCCUAAAUAUGUCUGUUGCCUGAAGUCCAUUGCCGUAGACUGCCUGUCCACCGUUGGAAAGGUUGACUGUACGGCCGAUGAGGUUAAGACUAUGAGCCAUAUCAUGGAUGAAGUCAUAGUCAAGUCGGAUGCCGGAGAGUGUAAGGCCUACCCAUAUGUCCACGGAUUAGAAACUUGCAAAAAAUAGUAAUCAAUUGUAUACUGGUGUUAAUUUAAAUAAACACGUUAUUAAUUUUGUAAAGAUUUUAAUGUAAAUUAUAAAAAUAAAUGCAUAAUUAUUAA